AUCCUCGACCAGUUGGGAUCCCUCUCACCUUCACAUCCUCACCUGACUGUCUUCGCAAGUCCAUGGAGCUCCUGAUCAAAUCUACUCUUGCCCUACUGUUGACCUCAACUCUAGCGGGGCCUCUAGCUGUGCAGGGUGAUGAUCAAACAAAUGCCUUUUACACAUGCAUAGCCCCCAACUUUCCCGAAGGUUAUUGCGCUACCAAGCUGGCGCCGGAUUCCCAGAAGAAAGUUUACUAUGAUGUCCGGCGGGCAAAUAGAUACUUCGACAAGCCAUUUCAUUUUGACUGCCUCGGAUCGAAUAAAGAAAACAGAUACUGUUGCAGGAGAGAGCUGAGAGAAAUCAACGAUCCACCACCCGGAAAGUUUAUAGUCGCUCAAGACGAAUUUGAACACGGGCGCCCAUAUGACAAUGUGCCCCCAGAUUAUGUCAACUGUUACGCGGCACCGGCGGACUCAUGA